AGUUUUAUUUGAUCGCAGUAAAAGUGAACGUCUUGCGAACAUCGAGACGCUUCGUUGCGCCAUAUUUAAUUAGCCAACAUAAUUUCUUUGAGCACGCACGAAAAAAUUUCGCGCGGUAGUACGCACACGCAGGAUGCGGUGACACGUUUUGAAUAAAUGUGUUUACGGAACAAACGAGAUAGCGCGCAAAGUACAUUAUGAGAAAGAGUACUGCAGGUGGUAAAUUUAAGACGCUUCAGCGUCGAGAAUGGAAAAUUGUUAAAAGACAUAUCAUCCAGAAUGCAUCGUCGCGAAAGAAAAUCUAAUCUCUGCCGUCGUAAUUUUUCUCGUAUCGCCGAAGAGAUUUUCAAUAUCUACGAUGGCGCGUCGCAUCCGGGACGCGCUUAAAACCAAUAUUGUCAUUAUGGAAGUUAACACUUUGCACCCUUCGCCUUCGUUACGCCGCGCGCAUACAGCUGGGCGGCGUAAAAGUGCAAGUUUCGGGGAAGCUUCUUUGCGCGGACGGCGCGCGCGAUAAGCAGUGCAAAUUUGACGUUGCACUCUGUUGCCGAGAGGCAGAUAACAAUUUACGCGUUAAUAUAUUAGCGAAGGUGCGACGACGUAUCUUUACGAGAGCGGCGCAAACACUUCCAACUAAGACUUUGACAGCGCAAACGUUGCGGACGGUCGUUAACCCCGUCGUCUCCGGUAAGCGGCUUAAGGUAUAAAGGGUUGCGUCGCUCAUCCCGUGCGAUUACUUCGUCGAGAAAUCUCGUUACUAUGGAACUCACGCAUCUAUUCGUCGUGCAUCUCCUCGCUGUUUUGAGCGUGCACGCGCUGCUGGUACGCGGGAACGAGGAGCUCGAUAUUACCGAAGGGGCGAUCACCGAGGAGCAGCAAAAGGUGCACGACGAAUGCCGGAAUCCGGAUUACAAGAAAUACGUGAAGUGCUUAAUGCGACCGAAGAGGCAACAUCAUACGAACCACGGAGACGGAAUUCAUGAAUCCGAUCCCACUUUUUGCUUGGAAUCGUGUCUGAAAAAGUGCGAUCACCAGAGGGAGCACGAUUGCGAAAAGAAGUGUAGCUACUGCACGAAGAGAACCAGGCAUCGGCAUCAGAUUAUCACGGAAUACGAGACGGAAUGCGUGUCGGGGAACUGCAGUCCGUCCGAUGGGUUGAAAACUACCAACAUAACAACGAAUAUCGACAUUCACAAUGUCAUUAAUACUUUCGAUAACACGACUUGCGGCGCUGGUGGUAUUUGUCCUUCUGGUCGUCCUUGCGUUAAUGGCACUUGCAUCCCGAAUGGUGCGCGCCCGCCCGGUAUGCGCCCGCCCGGAGGUAUGAUACCCCCCGAGGGGGGGCUUCCGUCGCUCCCAAUAAUACCUCAAAUCUCGCUGGUGCCGCAAAUCACGUAUGCAUACACAGGAUGUGUGUACAGUCAGUGGCUUUGCGCUCAAGUAGUGCAGCAACCCGAUUGUUCCGGAUGCGGCCAUCCUCUUUUACACUACAGAUGCGACGUAAAAUGCUACGCAUUUAACAACAACGUAACCAACAAUAAUUGAUCGUCUCUGUAAUAAUUCAGAGUUCACGCUGCUUGCGUUACGAGAACGCGAUUGGUGCUAUUGUGUUUUUCAGAUUCCACACAAUUUUUCGGAUCCGUUCGUAUUAACUGUGGCAAUUUUUCAGCAAAAAAUUGUAAACGUAAUAUUAGCCAUGAAAUGUAGGAUUAGAUUUACCAUGAAGCACAAUUUCUUACGCGUAUUACUCACUGAAAUGAUUAUGUAACAAUCAGUUUCCCAAGCUUAUGAAAUAAAGACAACAUUACUCUUCUUUUAUAAAAA